GUCCACUAAAGAAGAGCGUCUGAGUAUUCUACCCAAUGGCAUAAAAACAUCAAAAUAUUAUAUAAUGAAACCAGUAACGCUUUGUCCGCAGCGAAGUUCAACCUGGUUUUGUUUGUCAGGUGUGCUAGGGACGUUUUCGAAACCGCCGUGUCUGUGAGUUUUACAUGGCAAUAUUAGCAACGUCGACCAUGAUACACCACAAAAAGUUUUGGUACUUUUUUACUGUGAUAAUAUGCGUACAGUGUUUUAAUAAUAUCGUUACGGCAAAGGAUACAUUUUUCGAUGACAAUGACGACGACGAUCAUGACAGUUUCUUCGGCCGCAGUGGCAACGAUGAUGCUUUCCUUAGUUCACCGAGUCCUGUUUUUCAGCCGAAUACUAACUUAUUUAGUCAACCAUUUUUUAAUCAGCCUUUUGGGCAGUCGUUUCAAAAUCCCUUCGGCUCAUUUUCUUUUAAACCAUCUUUUUCAUUUUCGCCGGCUCCAGCAGCAGCGACAUCCUUUUCCAGUGCCGGUACGAACAGUAUGGAGGCAAUGACGUUCCCACCAUUCACUCCUAUGGGAACCAUGCAGUUUCCAUCGAUGCCUAGUCCACAGCCCAGUGGCUCCGGUAAAAAAUUUGGCUCAAAACAAUUGACAACUAAUGCACCUGUAACUGGCCAGAAUUUCCCAACGUUUCCAACUAUCGAAAUGCCAAAUAGUAAUGUUUUUUCUUUAUCACCUUCGCCACCGGCAAAGUUUUCCACGUUUCCGGCGCCUGCUCCCAUGUCCAUCAGUUUCCCCUCUGUUAACUGGAAUACAAAUACAUUUAACCAAAAUUUACAGGAUCAAAUAAAUGAAAUGUUCCAAAAGAAUGCCUGGGUUGUUCCGCAGAAUUUCGUGCAAAAUAAAAUGAACGAAGCAGCGAUGAAGUCCAACACGCAAUUCGGAACAUUUCCAAGCCAAGGCAUGACUGCUAAUUCCUUUCCCCAAUUAUCGUUUGGAUCAACAGGGAGCAUGAGCAAUAUGUUUGCCGGUACGCAACCGGGUUCUUUGGAUAUCGCCAAAAAUGCAUUUACACUGGAAGAGUUCGGAAAAUCUGUGGCCAAACAGUUGAAUUUUAAUAAAUCCACCGCUACGGUUGCCCUUCCGCUGGUUACUGUGGCUCCGGCUCCUCCGAGCUCGGAAAUUACAGCAGUACAACGACCAGUACCGGCACCAGCCGGAAGCUUUGUUUUCCCGAGCUCGCGUCCGCCCAGCACACGGCCAACAACCACUUUCACUGAAACCACGGAGCCGUCGGAGGCGCCACAAUUUCAAGUGUUUACUACGACAACUCCACAAUUCGUUAUUGUGCGAAAGACUACUACAACGACACCGUUACCAAGCAGUUCUAAAGUACCGGAUUGUGUCGUCCAAGAACAGCCGGUUAUUCCUUUAAAGGACUUUUUAAAUCCCAACGUCCAACCUGCUUGUGCUCGGAAUAAAUAUCGCACGCACACCGGAGAAUGCAACAAUAUCGCGUUUCCAAGUCGCGGCAAAGAAUCAACCGUCUUUAUUCGUUUGCUGGCACCAGAUUAUGCUGACGGUAUCUCGGAGCCACGAAAAAAUUCCCUCAAUCAGCCUCUGCCAAGUGCGAGAUUCGUCAGCUCAUCGCUGAUUGGGUCCACACAGCAUUUAGCGCCAACCUGGACAAACAUGUUUAUGCAGUUUGGCCAGUUCUUGGACCAUGACUUGACGCAAACUCCACGUGCCCAGUUAAGUGCUGAUGCACCGCAAUGCUGCGGCACAGCCAAUCCCCAUCCGCAAUGUCUCCCCAUUACCAUUCCCAACAAUGAUCCGUUUUAUUCUCAGUUCGGACAGACAUGCAUGGAAUUUGUGCGAAGCUUACCGGGUAUUAGACCUGGAUGCCGGUUAGGUCCGCGUGAACAGAUAAAUCAGCUCAGCGCUUUCAUUGACGGAAGUCAAAUUUACGGAACAAAGGAUUCGACUGUCAAUACUAUCAGGUUAUUUUCUGGAGGUCAAUUAAAAUCCGUGACUCCGUUUCCCAAUAGUCCACAUUACACGGUUUUACCGGCGGAUCCGUCAAACUCGGCCUGUGUGGAUGCCGCUAAUGGACGCCCCUGUUUUAAAGCGGGUGAUGACAGAUGCAACGUACAGCUUGGUUUACAAACAUUGCACACGGUAUUUAUGCGACAUCAUAACCAGUUAGCAACGACACUUCAACAAUUGAAUCCCGGCUGGAAUGAUGAAACUUUGUAUCAAGAAGCCCGCGCAAUAGUUGCAGCACAACUCCAACAUAUCACGUAUACUGAAUGGCUGCCACUGCUCCUCGGAGAAGAAAUGAUGGACCGAGUUGGACUGCGUCCGCAGGCGUUUGGGCGAUUCUCAGGAUAUAAUAUUUCUAUACAUCCCGGUCUGAUCAAUUCGUUUGCGGCAGCCGCUUUCCGCGUCGGACACGCCAUGGUCCCAUCGAAAUUCAAUCGUCUCAACCCAGAUUUCAGCACAAAGAAGUCCGAGCGUGUACAAGAUACGUUCUUUAAAUCGGCUUUCCUUUAUGAACAAAAUUCCGUCGACGAAAUGGUCCGUGGACUGGCGACGCAGCAAGGAAAGGUCAUCGAGAAUACCGUGGUCACCGACGUGUCACAGCAGUUGUUUUCCACCAAUCCUACGGGCUCGUUUGGAUUGGAUUUGGUAGCCAUGAAUGUGCAGCGGGGACGUGAUCAUGGUUUACCGGGCUACAUGAAAUUCCGUAAGCUGUGCGGACUGCCCACAGCGUCCAAUUUUAAUGACCUCAAGACCCUCAACAUAUUACCGGAAGAUAUGGCCAAUCGGCUGGCAAGCGUGUAUAAGUCUGUUGAUGAUAUUGAUCUCUAUAUUGGCGGUAUUUCGGAAUUCCACAAUGGGGAUGCUUUUAUUGGUCCGACUUUUAGUUGUAUUAUUUCGGAACAAUUUUGGCGGCUGCGGGUAGCCGACAGGUUCUGGUAUGAAGGAAAUUUACCCUUCGCUCACACUCUUUCCGACGCUCAACUAGCCGAAAUUAGGAAGAUUUCUUUGUCGCGGAUAUUGUGCAAUGCAGUUCCCGGAAUACAGUCAAUACAACCGAAAGUGUUUUUGACCGUUUCCAAUACAAAUCAAAGGAUACCAUGCGAUAACAUUGACGAUUUUUCGUUGCAACCGUGGGCGGGGAUUUAGUUGACUGUUAGCAUCAGCGCAAGCAUUUUCUGGUAUUGUUUUUGCUCAGUCAUAAUGUAAUCUUGAAGGACAAUUAAGUUAGGUCAUCAACAAGUUGAUCGAUGCUAUGAGAAGCUCCACUGUUGGAUGUUGAUCAUCGAUUAAAAUUUUUUAUGUCGAAAUAAACCAAAAAUUUGCA